AGUCGCAUUCACACCGAUCGAACAUCUGCAUUGACAUUUCGAACUGUCAAGUGUAGGGGGGCUUUGGCAUUCGCCUCGCAGGGAAAAAUUAUGUCGUCCGCUGGAAAUUCAAUCGCGUAAAACCCAUAAAUUUUCGGAUAGAAAUCAGGACUAGUGCAUUCCGUGUGACGAACCAAGUACGCUUCAAUUCAUUCCCGUAUCGUACGACAUGACUUUCAUUCGUGAUCCGUGCGGAAUCGUCUGUUUGCUGGUGACUUAUGGAGCUGUGUUCUAUGCCGAUUAUGUGGUGACGCGAUGGAUUAUCCUGCAAACAAUGGAGACAAGCUUGUGGGCGCCUCUGCACGUCGUUUCGUUCAAUACGGUCGUCUUUCUAUUGACAAUGGCGCACUUGAAGGCGGUCCUUUCGGAUCCCGGGACGGUGCCGUUGCCGCAAAAUCGAUUGGAUUUUUCCGAUUUACACUCAGGGCAGAAGAACGGUCACGGCCACGGUGAGUGGACGGUGUGCACUCGCUGCGAAACAUACAGACCACCGCGGGCGCAUCAUUGCCGAAUAUGCAAGCGAUGCAUUCGCCGCAUGGAUCACCAUUGUCCUUGGAUAAAUAAUUGCGUUGGGGAGAGGAACCAGAAGUAUUUCCUGCAGUUUCUUGUUUAUGUUGGAGUAUUGGCGUUGUACUCUGUGGCUUUGGUGCUGGGAUCCUGGAUUUAUCCGUGCGAGCAGUGCAACGCGAACAUAGCAGAUUCGCAGGCCAGGAUGCUUCACAGUGUCAUAUUACUCUUGGAAUCCGCCCUUUUUGGACUUUUUGUAUUAGCAAUCAUGGUCGAUCAAAUGCACGCCAUACUCUACGACGAAACAGCCGUAGAAGCUGUUCAGCAAAAGGGUGCAUAUCGGCCACAUCGUCGUAAACUUGCGCUCCUCGCAGAUGUUUUUGGACGCAGUCAUCCCGCACUUUGGCUUCUUCCAUGUACCGGACUCAACUCGAGACGCUACGAUACUCCGUUGCUUAGUCACGACGUAUGAGUAAAUAAUAGUUUUUAUUUAUACAACUAUACGGGCAUCUAUGUUUUACUGUACAUUUAAGCAAUGUAUAUUUUUCUUUGUUUUUUUGUUGACCGUUAUUUAUAAGUUUUCCCUUAAUUUUAGUGCAAUUGUGUCUCAGAAGCUGUAAAUAAUUUUUUAAUCCUUAUUUAUUAUCCAACUUGACUUUCUGAUUGAUUGUGCCGCAUAUAAACAUAUUUUUUAAAGAC